GAAUGUGCUGGUUUAUCUAGAUUAAAUCUGACACUCUACGUCAAGGUCAUAUUCAAUAGAGGAACCGAUAUUAAACACGUGAUAAAGGGCGUUUUUCAAUGCGGUGGCCAAUAUCACCAUACCCUUGAGACUCAAUCCUGCGUGUGCGUUCCAGUAGAGAACGAUAUAGACGUCUAUCCAUCGUCACAAUGGAUGGAUCUCAUUCAAGUAUCGAUAGCUAAUUGUCUUAAUGUUCAAAAUAAUAGCAUCAAUGUGCAUGUCAAUCGACUUGGCGGUUCAUACGGUUCAAAAAUCUCACGCAACGCGCAAAUUUCAUGUGCUUGCGCAUUGGUAUGUCACAUACUGAGGCGUCCAGCGCGAUUCAUCAUGACGACGGAUAGCAAUAUGCAAUCGAUAGGCAAAAGAUGUUCUACUCGUCAAGAAUAUAAGAUCGGAGUGAACAAUGACGGAGUUGUACAGUAUCUCAAUUCGAAACACUGGAGCAAUUGCGGUUCUAGUUUCAACGAACCACAAGCAGCCAUGAUAGCUUCCUACAUGCAAAGAAGCUGCUAUUUAACUGAUACUUGGACGUUCAACGGAUUCGACGUGAGAACCGAUUUACCGUCAAAUACGUUUUGUCAGGCAUCAGGAUCCGCGGAAGGAGUGGCUAUGAUCGAGAAUUUAAUGGAGCAUAUUGCGAAAGUGACGAACAAGGAUCCGAUUGAGGUCAGAUUGGCGAAUAUGAAAGAUAUUGAUAAAUCAGUUUUAAAACCCAUGAUAGAGGAUUUGUUGAAAAAGGCAAAUUACGAUAAUAACAAAAUUCACGCUGUUUGGUUCAAUUCACACAAUCGUUGGAAGAAACAAGAAAUUGCUUUGGUACCGAUGAAAUACUUGAUGACAUUUGAAGGACAAUUCCAUGCAAUGGUAUCAAUCUGCGCUCGCGACGGUUCGGUAUGCGUGACUCAUAGCGGAAUUGAAAUCGAUCAAGGUAUAAAUACAAAGAUCGCACAAAUAGCAGCUAAUGUACUGUGUGUCGAUAUCGAAAUAGUUUCUGUUAAAGGAAGCAAUAAUUUAGCUUCACCCAACAAGUCAACUACAGGACACAGCAUUACCGUAGAAAACUGCGGAAACGCAACGAUCCACGCUUGCACACAGAUUUUGUCUAGACUCGAGCCGAUAAGAAAAAAAAUGAAAAAUCCGACAUGGAAGGAACUCAUUUUUACAGCGUAUGAACAAGGCAUUGAUUUAUGCGCAAGUUACAUGUUGGUAAAUGGGCCAACAGAAGAUAUUUACGGUGUCACUACUGCCGUAGUAGAGAUCGAUGUACUGACCGGUCAGCACGUUAUCAGAAGGGUCGAUUUGAUGAUUGAUGGUGGUGUAAGCUUAAAUCCCGAAAUCGACAUCGGUCAAGUGGAGGGAGCUUUCGUGAUGGGAAUAGGAUACUGGACUUCUGAGGAUCUGAUCUAUAGUCCUGAUACAGGAGUAUUAACGAAUAACAGAUUAUGGAAUUAUAAGUCACCAGGAGCGAAGGAUAUUCCUGAAGAUUUCCGCGUAUACUUACGCAGUAAAUUGUUCGAUGCAAACGGUAUCUACCAUUCGAAAUCAAUCGAAGAAUCAUCGCUUUGUAUGAGUUACGUGAUUCCAAUAGCGUUUCGCUACGCAUUGAAUUCCGCUAGAGCGGAUGCAGGGAAUACGGAAUGGUAUCAACUAGAUGGACCGUGUACUAUCGAACGUAUACUUUUGACUAGCUUAACUAACAAAGACAUGAUGGUUUACGACGAACACAAAUAUUGGAAUCGUUCUCAAAGAAACUGGUGUUUGAAAUAA